AUGCGAUCGCUGAGUGGCACGGUACUCUGGCGCCACUGCGGGCUGCUGCCGAGUGUUCAAUCCGCGCCGACUCUCUCACACGUUUGCCGUCGCCUCAGCACACUCGGCUGCACAGUUGUCACCUCACGCGCCUACCACACACGACCUUCGAAGUCAGCGGCCUUGUCGGCUAACGACUUCGCGACACUCACCCCCCUUCUGCUACUGCGCCAAGCGCUGCAGCAGCACACCGAACUGGACGGCACCGACGUGGGUGCGCAACUCACCCCUGGCGAGCAACACAUCAUUAUUUCUCGCACCAAGUUUUGCCACUUCUGCGCCACUGCGCAUGUCGAGGACCCGGAAGCCGCCCUGGCAGACUUGGAGGCGGCGGGUGUGGUGGUGGUGCUGGACGGCGGGAGCUUGAUUCACCUGCGGCCGGCAUUGUACCUUGAAACACUGGAAAUAAUUCGCAAUGCGGCAACCGCGUCAAACGCCGGCAACGGGACGCCUGCGACGAACUCGGUGCCGUCAGUGAAUGGGAGCAGCUUUCUGCUGGAGGAAGCGGAGCGCCGUGUCGCAGAGCUAACCAAAAGAGAGAAGGCGAUGCGGAAUCAACUGGAGCCCGCCAUCGCGCGAGCAGCACGCUGGCGUCGCACGGUGUGGGGAGGUGCGCUGCUCUACGCCGGUGCUCAGCUCGCCGUCAUCUCCCGUCUCACCUACUUCGACUUAGACUGGGACAUUAUGGAGCCGGUCUCGUACAUCAUCACGAUUACCAACUCGCUUGUCUUCUUCCUGUACUACCUGCGCUUCCACAGCGACCACUCCUAUGGCGCCUUUGAUCAGCGAUUUCUGCCUCGAAAGGUGCGCCAGUACGCCCCCAAGGACUUCGACUGGGCGGCGUACGCGGAUGUGUGUCAGCAAGUGGUUGAGGCGCGCGCUAUACUCGACUGUCUUUCCAAAUGGGCUGAGAAGCACUGA